AUGCAGAUUCGGGGACGACUUUGUGCAGAGCGCUUGCAAGUUUGCGGCCCUCAAUUUGAACAGCAACCAGUGAUUCGACGCCUCACUGAUGGAGGUAUUUCACAAGAAACUUCCAUUCACCCAACAGCGACCGCAGAGCAAGGCUCAGCUAGGAAUGCUGGAGUGACUCCCAAUGCUAGUGGGGACGUUGCGGCUGUUGUGAAAUCGCCAUGCAAGCGCAAAGGUCGAAAGCUCGACGGGAAAGUGGACGAUGCUGAAACGAGUGCUGGUCUACAACCACAAGGGACUAUGAAAAAAACGCGGUACAGCUAAGGACGACUACAUAUUGCUGAAAAGUGGAAGCAGUCGCGCAUCAUGAUACGUUUCGCUCGUCUGGGUGCAGGCACCGACGUCGACGGGGGAAUCAAUGUGUAGACAAUGUAGCGUUUGGUAACCAAGCAGGGUAC